GCUCGGGGAGGCAGGCUCGGUGGGCAGGGUUUGCGCCAAGGCUGCUGCUUUAUAAGCAGCCGGCAGCGGAGGCAAAGGCAUCUCGCAAGGCACCGAGCGGGCCCCCCCCCAGCAGGCCCUUGCACCGUUCCCGUCGCGAUGACCCCGGCGCUGGGGCUGCUGCUGGGGCUGAGCCUGGUGGGUGCCCUUCGGCCUGGCCUUGAGCCCCCCCAGCAUAGCUCCAAUGAGGACGGGGCCAUCCUCUUCGCCAGCGACUACAACAGCACGGCCGAGCUCGUCCUCUACGAGAGCGUCUUGGCCAGCUGGAAUUACAACACCAACCUGACCGCCGAGAACGCUGCGCUGCAGGUUGAGGCAUCGCUGGAGGAGCAAAACUUCACAGAGCUGUGGGGGAAGAAAGCCAAGGAGCUCUAUGGCAGCAUCUGGAACAACUUCAGUAACCCACAGCUGAGGAAAAUCAUCGGCUCCAUCCAGACCCUGGGACCCUCCAACCUGCCCCUGGAGAAGAGAGAGCAGUACAACACCAUCCUGAGCAACAUGGACAAAAUCUACUCCACAGCCAAGGUGUGUCUGCCUAAUGGCACCUGCUGGGACCUGGAGCCAGACCUCUCGGACAUCAUGGCCACCUCCCGCAGCUACAAGAAGCUGCUGUACGCCUGGGAGGGUUGGCACAACGCCGCGGGCAACCCUCUGCGUGCCACCUACGAGGAGUUUGUGAAGCUGAGCAAUGAGGCCUACAAGAUGGAUGGAUUUAACGACACAGGCAGCUACUGGCGCUCCUGGUAUGACUCAGCCUCCUUUGAGGAUGACCUGGAGAAGAUCUACAACCAGCUGGAGCCACUCUACCUCAACCUGCACGCCUUUGUCCGGAGGAAGCUCUACGACCGCUAUGGCCCCAAAUACAUCAACCUGAAGGGUCCCAUCCCUGCUCACCUCCUGGGCAACAUGUGGGCUCAGCAGUGGAACAACAUCUAUGACCUGAUGAUCCCCUACCCUGACAAGCCCAACCUUGAUGUCACAAGCACCAUGGUGCAGCAGGGCUGGAAUGCCACCCACAUGUUCCGGGUCUCUGAAGAGUUCUUCGUCUCCCUGGGGCUGCUGAAGAUGCCCCCUGAGUUUUGGAAGGAGUCCAUGCUUGAGAAGCCAGCAGACGGGCGGGAGGUGGUGUGCCACGCUUCAGCCUGGGACUUCUACAACCGCAAGGACUUCAGGAUCAAGCAGUGCACAGCAGUGACCAUGGAGCAGCUGUUCACAGUGCACCACGAGAUGGGCCACAUCCAGUACUACCUGCAGUACAAGGACCUGCCUGUGUCCUUCCGCAGCGGGGCCAACCCUGGCUUCCACGAGGCCAUCGGCGAUGUCAUGUCCCUGUCUGUCUCCACCCCCAGCCACCUCAAGAAAAUUGGCCUCCUCAGCAGUGCCACUGAGGACACAGAAAGCAACAUCAACUACCUGCUGAAGAUGGCCCUGGAGAAGAUUGCCUUCCUGCCCUUCGGCUACCUCAUCGACCAGUGGCGCUGGAACGUCUUCAACGGCCGCACGCCCCCCAGCCGCUACAACUACGACUGGUGGUACCUGAGAACCAAAUACCAGGGGAUCUGUGCUCCAGUUCCAAGGAAUGAAAGCAACUUCGACCCUGGAGCAAAGUACCACAUCCCUGGGAACACUCCUUACAUCAGGUACUUUGUGAGCUUCAUCCUCCAGUUCCAGUUUCACCAGGCACUGUGCCAGGCAGCCAACCACAGCGGUCCCCUGCACACCUGUGACAUCUACAUGUCCAAAGAGGCUGGAGCCAAACUCAGGGAAGUGUUGAAAGCUGGGUCUUCCAAGUCCUGGCAGGAAAUCCUCUUCAACCUCACUGGCACAAGCAAUAUGGAUGCUGCACCCCUCCUGGAGUACUUCAGCCCUGUCACCAAGUGGCUUCAGGAGCAGAACAACAAGACCAACGAGGUGCUGGGCUGGCCUGAGUUUGACUGGCGUCCCCCUGUCCCUGAAGGUUACCCUGAAGGCAUUGACAAAAUAACAGAUGAAGGACAGGCUAAAGAGUUCUUGGCCGAGUACAACAGAACAGGGGAGACAGUGUGGAAUGCCUACACCGAGGCAUCCUGGGCCUACAACACCAACAUCACUGACCACAACAAGGAGAUCAUGCUGGAGAAGAACUUGGCCAUGUCCAAGCACACCCUUGAGUAUGGCAUGAAGGCCAGGCAGUUUGACCCCACCGAGUUCCAGGACCAAAGUGUCACUCGCAUCCUCAAGAAGCUGAGUGUCUUGGAGAGGGCAGCUCUGCCUGAGGAUGAGCUGAAGGAGUACAACAGCCUCCUCUCAGACAUGGAGACCACAUACAGUGUAGCCAAGGUCUGCAAAGAUGAAGAAAAUUGUCUGCCCUUGGAUCCUGACCUCACAGACAUCAUGGCCAACUCCAGGGACUAUGAUGAGCUGCUCUUUGCCUGGAAGGGCUGGAGAGAUGCCUCUGGGAAGGAGAUCAGGAGCAACUACAAGCGAUACGUGGAGCUGAGCAACAAGGCAGCUGAGCUCAACGGUUAUGCAGACAAUGGAGCCUUCUGGAGAUCCCUGUAUGAGACACCCACCUUUGAGGAGGAUCUGGAGAACUUGUACCUGCAGCUGCAGCCCCUGUACCUCAACCUGCACGCCUACGUCCGCCGAGCCCUGUACAGAAAGUAUGGUGCAGAGCACAUAAACCUCAAGGGUCCCAUCCCUGCUCACCUGCUAGGCAACAUGUGGGCCCAGUCAUGGUCCAACAUUUUUGACCUAGUGAUGCCUUAUCCAGAUGCUACCAAGGUGGAUGCCACCCCAGCCAUGAAACAACAGCAAUGGACACCCAGGAGGAUGUUUGAAGAAUCGAAUCGUUUCUUCACCUCUCUGGGCCUCAUCGCCAUGCCCCAGGAGUUCUGGGACAAGUCCAUGCUUGAGAAGCCAGCAGAUGGGCGGGAGGUGGUGUGCCACGCCUCAGCCUGGGACUUCUACAACCGCAAGGACUUCAGGAUCAAGCAGUGCACUGUGGUGAACAUGGACGACCUAAUCACAGUGCACCACGAGAUGGGCCACGUCCAGUACUUCCUGCAGUACAUGGACCAACCCAUCUCCUUCCGUGAUGGGGCCAACCCUGGCUUCCACGAGGCUGUUGGAGACGUCAUGGCUUUGUCUGUCUCUACCCCUAAACAUCUGCACAGCAUCCAGCUGCUGGAUGAAGUCACCGACAACGAAGAAAGUGACAUCAACUACCUGAUGAGCAUUGCCCUGGACAAAAUUGCCUUCCUGCCCUUUGGGUACCUCAUGGACCAGUGGCGCUGGAAGGUGUUUGAUGGGCGGAUCAAGGAGGAUGAGUACAACCAGCAGUGGUGGAACCUCAGGUUGAAGUACCAGGGCUUGUGCUCACCAGUACCAAGAUCUGAAGAUGACUUUGACCCUGGGGCAAAGUUUCACAUCCCUGCCAACGUCCCCUACAUCAGGUACUUUGUCAGCUUCGUGAUCCAGUUCCAGUUCCACCAGGCCCUCUGUGCAGCAGCUGGCCACAGCGGUGCCCUGCACAAGUGUGACAUCUACCAGUCCAAGGAGGCUGGGAAGAUCUUGGGGGAUGCCUUGAAGCUGGGUUUCAGCAAACCAUGGCCUGAAGCCAUGAAGCUCAUCACUGGGCAGCCCAACAUGUCAGCUGAAGCCCUGAUGAGCUACUUUGAGCCGCUCAUGACGUGGUUGGUGAAGGAGAAUGAGAAGAACAAGGAAGUGCUGGGCUGGCCUGAGUACAGCUGGACUCCUUACACAGCCACUCCAGUUCAAGACCGAGCUGAUUUCCUGGGCAUGUCCUUGACCAAGAAUCAAGCCACAGCAGGCGGCUGGGUCUUGCUUGUCCUGUCACUCAUCUUCCUGGUCACCACCAUCUUCUUUGGCAUCAAGUUCUCCUCAGCCAGGAGGAAGACCUUCAAAUCCAGCUCAGAAAUGGAACUGAAAUAA